AUGUCCAAACCCACUGACACAAAGCCUGACUCAAGCGUGAAUCCUACCGCUGCUUUCGGCCAUGUAACGGUCAAGGUUUGGCAGAAGGACAACUUCGUCCAAGAAGUGCUCAAUCCUGCUGACGCACCAGACACAAACAGCAAGCUUGUUAAUUUGGUACCAGGAGAGUUCAGAGUCUACGUCGCCAUCUCCCCAACCAAACGGACUGCUGGUAACGUAACAUGCUUCACCGUUGACAUUGAUGGCACUAGCAUGGCGCAGCUUUGUGUCCCCCAGGAGCACAUCACGACAGAGGUCGCGUACAUGAGCUUCAUACAAAGCUACCCAAACACAGACACCAAGAGAUACGUAGCCUUGACGGCUCCAGAGGGUGUGAAGGAAGUGCGCGUCACAGCAAGGGCUGCCGAUGGAGGGCUCCAGAAAGUCUCCAACACGCACGAUGACAAGGUAUUACCGUCGAUAAAAUCUCGUAAGAAGCACUGGAUGCUGGUAGAACCAUAUAUGGCAGCGGAAGUCCCUGUGGUGGGGGGAAGUAUGGCCUCUGCUGAUGUUGUGACUUUCAUCUCAACGCCGUCGCUCAACAUGCUGGGCCCGGAGGUCGUGUAUAAGUUCAAGGUUGAGAAGCUUGACGGGGAAGACAAGAACGAGAUCAGGAAAUCUGAUCCGGAGAGGAGAGCGCCUCUCAUUCAGAGAGAGUGA